AUGAUGCGCCUCUCUCCGCACGCUUCCUCCCCCCUGCGCGCUGUCCUCUCCAGGCGUGCGCGCGCCCUGCCUUCCAUGGUUGGCCUUGGGGGUACUGAGUACCUGCUGUUCUCCAUGGCCAGCCUUGGGUGCGUCGCUGUCGUGCUGUACUCCAUGGCCGGCGUGGGGGACGGCGACGGGGAGGCGUUGCAGUCACGCCGCCAAGGUGAGCAGGGGCCGGCCAUGGUGUGCGGGGCAGGCGGGAACCUGCCGCCCGUCCCCGCGCGCUGGCGCGGCGGCUGCGACGCCGGGCCGGGGUUCCCGGCCUCGUCCUGCGACAGGAAGCUGGUGGGUGCGCGGUUCUUCUCGCAGGGCCACGGCGCGCACUUUAGCGCCGCGGCCGUCGCGUCCAACGGCUCCGUCGAGUUCAUGUCGCCCCGUGACGCGGACGGCCACGGCACGCACACCGCCACGACCGCCGCGGGCAGCGUCGCGUACGACGCCAGCAUGGAGGGCUACGCGUCCGGGGUCGCCAAGGGCGUCGCGCCAAAGGCCAGGGUGGCCGCCUACAAGGUCUGCUGGAAGGGCGCCGGCUGCAUGGACUCCGACAUCCUCGCGGGCUUCGACCGCGCCGUCGCCGAUGGCGUCGACGUCAUCUCCGUUUCAAUCGGCGGCGGCAGCGGUGUCACGGCUCCGUUCUACCUCGACCCGAUCGCGAUCGGCGCGUACGGUGCAGUCUCCCGGGGAGUGUUCGUGGCCACCUCUGCCGGAAACGAAGGGCCGACCUCCAUGUCAGUGACCAACCUCGCCCCGUGGCUAGCCACCGUUGGCGCCGGCACCAUCGACCGUAAUUUCCCCGCUGAAAUCGUGCUGGGCAACGGCAGACGCUUGUCAGGUGUGUCCCUGUACUCCGGGAAGCCUCUAGCCAAUUCAUCUCUGUCUCUGUACUACCCUGGGAGGACUGGCGGGCUCUCCGCUUCGCUGUGCAUGGAGAACUCCAUCGACCCUUCACUGGUGAAAGGCAAGAUCGUCGUCUGCGACCGCGGCAGCAGCCCGCGUGUGGCCAAGGGAAUGGUCGUCAAGGAAGCUGGUGGCGCGGCGAUGGUUCUUACUAAUGGAGAGGCCAACGGCAAGGGGCUGGUUGGAGACGCCCACGUCCUCCCUGCUUGCGCGGUGGGCGAGAAGGAGGGCGACACGGUCAAAGCGUAUGCUGCAAACGCCUCCAACCGGACGGCGACAAUUAGCUUCGGGGGCACGGUCAUCGCCGUCAAGCCGGCACCCGUGGUGGCCUCCUUCUCGGCGCGUGGACCCAACGGGCUCGUCCCGGAAAUUCUCAAGCCAGACUUCAUCGCGCCGGGCGUCAACAUCCUCGCCGCGUGGACGGGCGCCACGGGCCCGACCGGCCUGGAGGGCGAUGCCCGCCGCACGGAGUUCAACAUCCUGUCCGGGACGUCCAUGGCGUGCCCGCACGCGAGCGACGCCGCCAAGACUCCACACAUAGCACAGUUCCAGUACCUCUGA